AUGCCCAAAACCAGUGUACAGUUGUUUCAGGAGACAGUAGAGCUGCCAUUGGAAUUUGAGGAGAAGCUAAAGCAGAAGCUCCUGUUGGAGGCCAGCAAGGAGCUCAUAUGCAGGGAGGAGCAGCUCUUCUUUCAGGUGGCACAAGGAGCAGCAGCACGACCAAUGCCCCGUGAGGAAGAGAAGGACAAACUGCAGAAGGACUUUGAGGCUUUGCUCCUGCAGGUGUGGGUCGCUGUCCAUGACACCUUCAACACCUCCUCCCCUGAGGACACACUUCAAGUCCUCCAAAGUGCAGUGGCUUCCAUCCAGCAGCUGGAGGAGCAGGACCGGCGGUGGCAGGGCCAUGAUGAAGACCUGGUUCCUGUGUGGCGUCCUCAGAGAUGCCUGCAGACACACAAUGCCCUGUUGCGCACCAUGGUGGAGUCCCGGCUCCAGGCUGCCGCCUCCAACCCAAACCUGAGUGUGGAAAACCUCCCGUCAGCUCUCAGGAGGAAGGUUUGUCGCAUGGGGAGGCAUCUGAAAAAUGACCUCCUGUUUGUGGUCCGGGAGGUGAAGGGCCGCUACCCUCCAGAGUUCGACAUCGUCAGCCUCUACGCUGGAUUUUACCGACAGGCUUUCUCCACCCAUCUGACAGAGCUGACCGGUACUGGCCCAGAUGUGGAGGAUGGCUGCUACCUGCUGUUCUGGGUGAACGACUGCUUUCCAAAUGACAUAUUAAAUCAUGAAGAACUGAAAGGGAGCAUCCAGACAGAGAAGGUGGGAGCUCUGCUCCUCCAGAGGGAUCUCCAACUGCUGGAGGAGCAGUACCUGAAACACAUGGAGGAGAAAGUGAGUCACUGGUUUCUCAAGGCUCUCAGUAAAGAGGAGGAGAUGUGGCUGAGCGGGAGACAGCCUGAUGUCUUGGAUCACUAUUACUUCAGCCCGCUGGCCAUAGAUGUCAUACAGGCUGUAGAGGGUGUUCUGAUGGAGGCUUCAUCUGUCCUGAGUGACGAGAGGAAAACCCAGAGGGUCAGAGGUCAGCUGGUACCCUUCCUAUACAGAUAUAAGAACAGUUUGGAAGAGUUUCUGAAGGGAAGACAAGACAACAGCCAGGCUGUGAUGAAAGCCAGUCUGGUCUGCAUGGAACAGAUAAGGGACUUCUUUAUGAAAACUGAAGACAGUCUAGAAGAGGAUCUGAGAGGCAGCUGUCUGGUCGCUGUGUCUGCUUUGAGGGACUAUGGGUACCAUUACUUUACCUGCGCCAUCCAGAAAGAGCUAAAGGUGGUUCAUGGGUUUUCUGAACAUUGCAACCUGUGGCCAUCUUGCGGCGGGUGGAGGCCGCUACCGGGGAGCCGACACCUGCCAGCUGCUAGGCUAGCACUACGCCUUCCAUCCUCUGGACUGCACACAGCCUCCCGGUCGAGGGAGCGAUGGGUUCUGUGGUUCCAGUCAGUGUGGACUCCGGUGUGGUUAGCAGAAGGAGGGACGGUUGUGGACAGACUGCUAGAAGCUCUGGACCGACAGCUGGCCCACUUCACUGAUGUAAAACCAGUCUGCAUGGAGACUUUGCUCUCAGAGCUCCAUCAGGUGGUAGUGUUGCAAUAUGUAAGGCAGAUGAUGAAGAGGAGGUUGAGGAUGAAGAGUGAACAGCAGCAGGAGGCAGCAGCUCUGAUGUGUGACGACAACAUGAAGAUACACAACUACUUUACUGAGGGAAUGGGUGUAGUCUCUGAUGUGUUUGGGGAGGGGGUCCAGAGGGAGCGGGCAGCUGUGGAGAAGGCUCUGUCGCCCCAGCUUCGUCUGAGUGGUAGAGAUACCAUUAGUUGUCCAUAUUUCACUGGAAAGAAGGCAUGGUUCAAGAGCAGCAUGAGUCUGGACACACCUGCAUUUGAAGAGUUUGGUGAGAACUCCACCGAUGCCAUAGCAGGUGACCUCCUCAACCAGGCACGAGACCUCACCAUAGAUGCGUACACAACCACAGCUGAUCACUUUGAGGAUUCGGAUCUGGGCAAACAGAGCAUACAAGGCUCCACACAGAUGUGGCUUCAUCCUCUUCUGACUCACAUUGCUGAGUUGAUCCGACUUCAGGAUCCAGAGAGCCUCAAACUGGAGUUAGCGACCCUGGUCAGAGACCACCCCGACCUCAGAGAAGGCCACGUCUCUGCCCUCCUCUCCAUAAAAACCAACCUAUCAGCUGUUGACCUUCGAAACAUCAAAGGAAGUGUGGAGGAGCACCGCCCCCCAGUCCCCUCAGCCAAUCACAGCCCAAUGUUUUUCUCCAAAGUCCGGGUCAAAUGGACCAGUAAGAUGGGAAUGAAAGCCCGAAGCCUGAUGGACACAGCCAGAUUUCACUCCAAAUGAAAUUUCCCGUCAACUCAGCUGGUCAGCAGUACACACAUUACAUUCACACCACACAGACUUUAUAUGAAGCAUCCUGUCUUCAACCCAGUCAGUCAGGAGAUCUUUCAUGUGUGCUACGCCAUUGAGAAAUGGUCAGUGAACAAAGCAUGUGGGCUUGACCAAAUAACAGCAGAACAUCUGAAACAUGCUAGCCACAGAAUCUCAGUGUUACUGGCUAUGUGUUUUUCUGGAUUGUUAAUUCAAGGCAUCCUACAUAGAUAUCCAAAGGAGUUGAAU